AAAGACCUUUCCUUUCCUUUUCCAUGUUUUUAUAGUCAUGAGUUCAUCUACUAUAUCCAAAAAGAACUUGAAUAAACGCAAAAGAGUCUCAACGGCCUCUAAUAGUUCUUUUAUCCAAGAUGAAGUAUCUGAUGAAGAGAAGGCAGUAAUGACGAAUGAUACUACUUCUGUUACCAAUUUGACUUCCAAUGUACCUCUCAUUGAUUCAUCUGUUUCUACUGGUGAUAUCCAUGAAGAUGAAGUGACUUUAGUAACGCGACUUGAAAAGAAAUAUGGUUUCAAAAUCAACAAGCCUCCUACAGAUCGACCAGUUCGUAUUUAUAGUGAUGGGAUUUUCGAUCUUUUCCAUUUUGGUCAUGCAAAAGCCUUGGAACAAUCCAAAAAAGCAUUCAAAAAUGUUCAUUUACUUGUUGGUGUUUGUAAUGAUAUUGAAACUCAUAAACGAAAAGGCAAGACAGUGAUGAGUGAUGUGGAACGAUAUGAAGCGGUACGACAUUGCAAAUGGGUAGAUGAAGUGGUGCGGGAUGCUCCUUGGUUUGUCACACAAGAAUUCUUGGAUAAGCAUCAAAUUGAUUAUGUUGCUCAUGAUGCUGAACCCUACGGAAGUAGUGAAUCUGGUGAUGUUUAUGCAUUUGUCAAGGAACAAGGACGUUUUUGGCCAACUGAACGUACAGAAGGUAUUUCUACUUCUGAUUUGAUUACUCGUAUUGUCCGUGAUUAUGAUGCUUACUUGCGAAGAAAUUUGGAACGUGGUGUUAGUGCCAAAGAUUUGAAUAUCUCUUUUCUCAAGGAAAGAAAAAUCAAAACAAAGAAAUCCAUUGACGAUUUUCGACAUACUAUUAAAACUGCAUUACAUGAUACUUUUGGGUUAUGGGAAGAUAGAAGUCAUGAUUUCGUAAGACAAUUUAGUGGAAUUUUCGGUGCUGAAGAUGUAGUGGAUAAAUUCUGGAAAAAACGACAUCGAAAACGUUUGGUAUUGGAUGAUAGUAGUAGUUGUGCCAAUAGUAGGGAAGGUUCAGAAGAGGAAGAUGGAAGCGAUCAAGAUACCACUACCACCAGUUCUUCUUCCAAUGGUAGCAGCAGUGACAAACAACAAUCACAAAAGAAGCGGAAACUGGAAAACUAAAUGAUUUAAUAUAUAGUUUAUUAGUUUUUAUCCUUUUAGUAUAAUUAGUUUGUCAGUUAAAUGUAUUCCUUUUAUUUUUUUAUUUUUUUAUUUUUUUUUUUUUUUUUGUAUACUCCCC